GCUCAAUUGAGCUUCACAGGCGCGCGCUUGAUAUCGCAUUUUCACACUUAUCGACCAAACAAUGGGUCUCGUGCAAUACGAUAGCAGUGACGAGGACGAGGAGGUCCAAUCCCCUCCGACCGACCCUCACCCUCCGAACUCGGCAGUCAAGCCGACUUCUUCCAGCUCCCAGAAGAGCGCACCAGACUCAGCACCUGCUCCCGGUCCCUCAGAACCAGCAGCACCGCUGGCUCAACAACAACCAGAAGCCUCAUCAUCAUCGUCAUCAGCAUCAGCAUCAGAAGCGCAAGCCUCAUCCGCCCCGGAUCCAGCCCCGGCGCUCGGUCCUGUCCUGGGCCCGGCGUUUGGUCCCUCCCGGCCGCCCCCGAAGGAGGAACGACCGCGGCUGGAAGGAGAGUUGGAGUUGGAGGAGGAUGAGGAGGGGGGAAGGGAAGGGGGGUUGGGAGAGGUCGACCUGUCCUUCCUGGACGACGCGGCGGGGGCCGGCGCCGGCGGCGGUUCGCCCCCGCGGUCCCCAUACACGCGGACGCGGGCGCUCCUGCGCAACCUGACGCUGCCGUCGGUGCCCAACAUGGACAUCCCCCCCUCGCCGCCGGGCAGCCCGCCCGCGCACCUGGACGCGCUCACGGCCAAGUUCGACUCGUUCCUGCGGCUCAAGCGCGCCCGGGGCGUGCACUUCAACGAGCGGCUCGCCGGCUCCAGCGGCAUGGCCAACCCGGCCGUGGCGGACAAGCUGCUCGCCUUUGUCGGGGUCGGCACCGAGUUCCCGACGGACGGGGACGGCGGCGGUAGCGGCGGCGGCAGAGGGCUGGAGCAGUACGCGACGGUGCUGAGUCCCGAGGUCUGGGACGGCGGGGCCAGCUUCCCCGAGUGGGCGUUCAAGGGCGCGCUGAGGAAGACGCAGGAGCGGGUGAACAAGGAGAGGGAGAGGGGCCGCGGGGAGGCGGUCGAGUUCGUCUCGGCCGGCGUGUUGGUUCCGGGCGCGGCGGGGGGCGGGGAGACUGCCGGGUCCGCGGGAGGGAGCAGAGCCGGAACACCGGGAGCGGGAAGUGGAGUGGGUAAGAGGAGAGGGAGGUGAGAUGUGUGAUAUGGGGUGUUUAUUACGCCGGUGGAGUCGUUUUAACAAGGGGCUGGAUAGAUGAAGUGGUGUGUGGAUGGUUUUGCAACGCGUGUUUGUUGCUGUAUGAUUGAUACCCUGUGAGAGACGGAUCAUAGGACCACACCAGAUGCAGGUCACCAGCAUUAUACUCAGUAGCCGAUGGAGGCUGGCUCAAGCAGUUGUUGAACCCAGCAU